AUGCUUUCCAUCUCCGCUUUCAUUGCCAGCGGCCUGGCUCUCGCCAGUGUUGCCCACGGCGCCCCUGGGUUCGCAUCCAUCCGCUCUGACCAGCCCGAUGUUUCGAGCUACGCCACCGUUCCCAUUACCUGGGAGCUCCCCGUCAAGGCUGACGACCCUACUGGCGCUACCGUCGAAGUGACCGGCACCAUCGAGGAGGCUAUCGCCCAGAUGGAUGCCACUUACCCCGGCUGGAACGAAACUUUCCAGGCUCACCUGCCCCCUCCCCCCACCGUUGACAGCGGCGCCUUUGAUCUUGCGGCUCUUGAUGAUCCUGAGUCCUACAUUUGCAAGCUUGACCAGUGGAAGGAGGCUGGCCAGCUUUCUAUUCUCCGCGGCAUUGAAUACCUCCGUGGUCUGACUGGCUCGGCCAAGAACGGCCCCGGCCCUGGCGAGUGCGGUCGUGUUUCCUGCUCUUGGCAGUCGGCUAUUUGGUGGUGCAACGACAACGACACGGAGAAGGAGGUUGGCUGGAAUGAUAUUGCCGAUGGGACUUUGUACAUCCUCCAGAAGUGCUCUCGGGAUGCCCAGUAUGUCAAGGGUCAGGCUUUCUACAAGGACAAGUGGAACGUGAUUGUUCGUUAUGACAACGACAGCUGUUAA